AGCUUUUGUGCUUCCACUCUGCUCUCUAUGUUGGCGUUUUUUUUGCUGUCAUUUGAGCCAUGUGAUGAGUGUAGAGGAGCUGUGAAAACAGUUGAAACUUGGUCCGAACAAUGGAAAGCUGUAAACACGCUGAGCUCGGGCGGUCCCACAGUCCACUCUUCAUAUGGAUGUUUUACUGAUCGCCGGUAAAUAAAUUAAUUAAUCACGUUCCCGUCACAAGUACAAAAUUAUGGAAAUCUGAAAAUUCAUACCUUCCUUGUUCCUUAACGAAGUUCUAUAACGACAGCUAGUCAUUGCAGAACACGGCUUGAAGCGUAUGAAAAAUGAACGUCGUGUAACAUUUUACACAUCGUUUUCAGUAAAUAGAAUUAUACGGGAUCUGUUCUUCUGUUCAACCAUUUACACUGGUUCAUUUGCAUUGGCGCCCCAGCCAGUGGUGAAGGAAGGUUAAGUAAACUUUACUUUAGGGUAAGAGCAAUUCUUGUGCCGUGAUGAGGGAUCUGCGUUUGAAUACAACAACAGGUGUCAAGCGUGCUCAUCAGUCAUGACUGGGGUCGCCGCAAGCUCGCUCUCGCGCUCUCUCUCUCUCUCUCACACACACAUACAGUCAUGCAGACACUAUGUUUCCUCAUUUCUAGCUCACGCCUCGCUCACACUUCUCAGCACCCGAUCGAUGGCAGUGAGGACUCGCUCCAACAUGAUGCUCCUCUUCCUCUGCGUUUUACACUCCUCCGCCGUCUUUUCCCGAGCUGCUGCUGGAUGUGGAUCAUCGCGCUUCACGCCACGGAUGACUUUCAAAGAAGAUGGCUUCUCCAGGCACCACCUUCUGGGUGGAUACAACAGUCGUGUGGAGCUUCUGCUAGGGCCGACCAAUGGCACUGUAUAUGUUGGCUGCAAUGGGAAGCUGCUCCUUGUUGACUUUCAGGCUCCCAAGAAGUCCGAAGAGGUCACUUGGGGACACAACGUCACAGUGUUGCUUAAAAAUGAAAACACCAACUCUCUGUUUGUGUGUGGAACCAGUGGGAGCCAAAUCUGCUGCAGUAUGGAGACACUGGGAAACUGCAGUAAACAUUACGAUGCGAAAGGAAUCGCUCCAUUUUCCGUGAAUGAGCGAGCUCCAUCUCUUUUUGUUGGGGGUGAACUCUACAGCACCGCCACCCUUCCAGUCAGGAAGAGGAUUGGUAUUCGCAGACAUGGUGGAAUCCAAAUUUGGCCUGCUCACAACAAGACAGAGCAGAGGUAUGUGAGUAUUGUACUCAGUGGACCCAGAGCACACAAGCUGGAAGACCGAGUCUACGCCUUUCUGGUGGAGAAGAACUCUGAUAGCCACCCGGAUGCGAGCCUCUGGAUCCCACGUGUCACCCAGGUCUGCAGGAUGGAUCUUGGCGGGUCAAAAAACAUUCUGCAACAGAGCUGGACAUCCCACCUAACUGCGCGACUCUCCUGUGGGAUCCAUGAGAAAAGGGUGUACUUCACAGAGCUGCUCGAUGUGGCUGUCUUGCAUUCAGAGGCCUGGAAUGAGAGCAGAGUGUAUGCCCUGUUCACCAAUGACUGGAACAUGAGCGCGGUAUGUGUUUACACCAUGGGGAAUAUUGACAAAGUCUUCAUGAGCUCCACCUUCAAAGGACACUCUGAGGAAAUUCCAACACCAAGGCCUGGAACAUGUGUCAACGACAGCAAAAUGCUUCCUGACAUCGUUCUGAAUAUGGUGAAGGAACAGCUGGAGAUGAAUGAUUGGGUACAGCCUGUUGGCGACGGCGAUGCCCUGAUCAUCAGCUCUCACCGCUACACACACAUAGAGGUGGACCGGGUGAAAGGCAGUGGUCUUCAAGUACACACCGUCUUACUGCUGGGACUGGAGGACGGCAGGAUCCACAAAGUCCUGGAGCAGACGGGAAUACCUUUCAUAAUGGCCGAGCUGCAGCUUUUCCAGCCUGGAGCCCGGCUCCUGAACAUGCUCCUGCAGAGCUCCAGGAAGAAGCUGUAUGUGAGCUCCAACACAGAGGUGCUGGAGGUGGACCUCGACAGCUGCAUGAACUACGGCAAUGAAUGUGAGCUCUGUGUCCAGGCUCGAGACCCCUACUGUGGCUGGGAUCCAGAGAGCAUGCUGUGCACUGCAGCUUCCAGUCACACAAUUCAAGAUGUGGAGCACGGAAGCUACACUGCAUGUAGAACAGGAGGUCACUCGGAACAAUACAGCAGGUUGGAGAAUCCUCCGUUGCCACCGGACACUGACUUGCCUGUGACUUAUGUGCGCUGCCCCAUGCUGUCGGCCCACGCCGAGUACAGCUGGUACCGGGGAGACACACGCCAACCCUGUGUGUACACAGAGGGAGACUGCCUGCUGCUCAUAGAAGCCAUGGACCAAGGGCAGGAUGGUCCCUACAUGUGUAAGGCCACAGAAGCGGGCUAUGAGAGGAUGAUUGCAGUGUACCAGCCAAAGACGUGGAGUAAGGCAACAUGCUCAGCACGAUCACACAGUGGAAUAUUGUGUGCCCUGCUGCUUAUUGUGCUGCUUCUGUAAUCACAUGGCUGUGUUGCCUACCAGCUGGUCCUCCUUACAGCCGCAGCACAGCACCUAGUCCAGCCACUUUGUCCCGCUGCAGUGUCCGUCACCCACACUUCUGUGUGCUGUGGCCAGCCUUAGUCUUGGACAGGUGCAAUCCAGCAGGUCUUGGAGGAAAGUUUUAAUUAUACCUGGUCAAAUGACUUGUUAUUGAAAUAGUUACUUAAAUGAAAGAAAUAUAACAGUCAAACUAAAGAAUACACAGUGCUUCUCCAGGACCAGGGCUUCCCACUGCAGAUGCACUUCUGUGAAGAGCUGCUGUUCUGCACUUUUUUGUUCCUGAUAAUCUCCUGUCCAUAAGCAACUGCACUUUAGCCCCAGCUGUGGAUCAUGUAAAGUCUCUGCUUUUGGUACAAAUGAUAUUUUUCUAUAAUAAGAUAUACCAAAAUACUCUUGUUGUUCAAAGCCAGGAAAAGAACAUCCUGAAAAUUUAGAAGGAAGCUCCAGAGACAACCUAUGCAAACAUUGAGACAGAAUGCAGACACAGAUCUUGGGCUGGAUGUUUAAUAUAUGACUAAUUUAUUACAUGCUAGUUUUUUUUAAAUGUCUGAGAAUAAUGCAAUAUUGAUUGUACAGUGAAGCUAAUAACUAAGUGACCUUUGAGUGGCCGAAUUGGCAAUAACUGCUUGAGAAUAUACCCGGUAAUUACUCAAAAUAGUAAAUUAAGUCUAAUAAUAAAUUAAUAUACAUCAGUAAUAAAUCAAAGUAUAUUCCAUACAUGCAAUACUCUAGGACUGUGUUCACUGGAAAUAUUUACAUUAAAAAUAAUAGAAAAUAAUAAUGUGGCAAUAUACAGUUAUACUGGCUCCACCUUUUACAAACAAAACUGGGAGUGGAACUCUUCAUAACUUUUUAAGUCUGAAAAGUCAGAAUCAAUAAAAAGAAAAAAAAAAAUUUUUUUCCGGGGGAGGGGCACGAUGGUGUAACAGGUUUGGCCAGGUCAUGUUCUCUGGUGGGUCUGGAGU